GAGUGAUAGAUGUGACCACAAUGGUGUCUGCUGUGCUUUUCUAUGGGCUCCUAGUGUGGGCUCUUCUCUUUACAGCUAUGGGACUUCUUGGGGAUCUUGAACGAAGGUUAAAAUACCGUAUAUUCCAUGAAUUGGCUGUUCACGCUCAUAACAAAACUGUUCACCCAAUUUCGGUUUCUCAAUUGGCGGAGGCAAAAAGGAGGAUUAUUGCGGCCGAGAAAGGACCCGACUUAAAGACUAUUGAUCUCCUUCAAAAAGAUCUUUUGGAUAUCUGCGACAUGAUCAAAGAAGACCCUUGCGAUCUCAGGAGGGCCGACACCUGUCCUUCUUGGAGGCCAGGGUGUUAUAACCGUCCAACGUCACAUUGUUCCCCUUGGAUACCGGGAUGCAAUGUUUCCAUACCGCCAAAAAAGUGUUGGUUUAAGCCAGGCCAGCAUUGUCCACUGCCUUUUGGGGCUUAUUGCCAUGGAAGUGGUUGGUGUAAGCCAGGCAGCAAGUGCCCGGGUGACCCAUUAUUAGAGGUGGACCAAGAAUCAACACAAACGGAGAGCGUUUCUACUCUAUUUGCAGGGAGCCAAAAUCCGAUUACAACGUCUCCCAGAAUUUCAACAACUUUAACGCCAAGAAUUAGAAGCACAACUUCUUAUCCGAUUACAACGUCUCCCAGAAUGUCAACAGCUUCAACGUCAAGAAUUCGAAGCACAACAUCUACAAUAACAACUCCUUCAAGAAUGUCAACAUUUACAACUUCAAUAAGUCUAAGGACAACUUCACCAUUAGCAAAAACUUUUAUAAUUUCAAAAGCUCCAUCUUCAAUAAGUCAAAAUUCGCCAAUCACAAGAUCUUCCACGAAAAGUCAGAUACAAAUUCAAAGCACAACUUCUACAAAACCAACGCCUUCAAAAUCUUCCACAAAAAGGGACAUACAAAUACGAAGCACAACUUCUACAAUAACAACUCCUUCAAGAAUAUCAACAUUUCCAACUUCAAUAAGUCUAAGGACAACUUCACCAACAGCAAAAACAUUUAUAAUUUCAAAAGCUCCAUCUUCAAUAAGUAAAAAUUCUCCAAUCACAAAAUCUUCCACGAAAAGGGACAUACCAAACACAUCAAUGUCAACUCUAAGUUCACAUUUUUAUUCGCCAAGUUCUUCGACUUCAUCUGAGCUUGGCGUAUGCGGAAGGCCAGGGGCUCCAGGUGGACCAAAUGGCCCAGGAGGUCCCAUGGGUCCAGGUGGACCUGGCGGUCCUGGGGGACCUGGUGGGCCGGGCGGACCCGGAACUCCUUGGGGUCCCGAAGGACCUGGAGGACCCGGUGGUCCAAAUGGACCUGGUGGCCCUGGUGGUCCAGGAGGACCUGGAGGUCCUGGUGGUCCUGGAGGACCCUGCAGCCCCGGAUGUGAAAAGGCGAAAAAGACAACCCGAAAGCGAAAAUGCUGCACAAAAUUUAAGCAUUGGCCUCCGAAACAUACACAUCCACCGCUUGGAACUCAAUUACCAAUUGGUCCACCUGAAAUAAAACAAUUUAGAAGGCGGCCAACAGAUAAUCAAAAUGAUAGUAUAUGGAGAUCAGCCCGUAAGAAAAUAUCGAUUAAAAACUCAAGAAGUAAUCUCCCAAUAUUCAGUAGUGAAUCGCAAAAAAAUUGCAUUGUCGCACAUAUUCUCAACUCUUUCAAUGAGGAUGAAAAUAAAAAGAAUGGAUAGAAUUCGUUUAGGACUUUAGUUAGGUUUGUUGCUUAACAAGUAAGCUGAUCACUCAUUGGUCGCGUAUCUCAUCUUGGAUUUUCCCUUUGUUUUGUUUAAAAACAACGUUUUUUAUGCUGUAACCUUUUCAUACGUCAAGGGCAUAAAAACUGUAAGAAGGCGAAAAAAAUUAUUUCA